AUGUUCCGUCUCAAGAGCCUGGACGCCACUGCUUCAGCCAUCAUCAAUCCUCCACCCAAGCCACGCCCCAUGCCAGGCAUGCCGCUCGUCGAUUGCAGCCUCGCCGACUUCAUCGCCGGCCAGCCUCAAGGUUUCACUCAUGUAGCCGUGGCUGCGGCCGUCUUCCACCAGGAUCGUCUCCUUCUGGUCCAACGUGCCGAGACCGACAGCUAUCCUGGCCAUUGGGAGCUUCCUGGCGGAUCUUCCGACCCCACCGACAAGUCCAUCAGCGAGUCCGUUGCACGCGAGCUGUUCGAAGAGACUGGUCUCCGCAUGAAGCGCAUCCUCUCCGAGAUCCUCCCACCCGUUACCUUCUCAACCGGCUGGGGCAAGCGUCAGAAGACAUGGCUCAAAGUCAGCUUUGUGGUCGAAGUUACUGCAGAGUCCAUGGCACGAGUCGAGAAUCAGAUGGGGAUUCAGGGAGCAGGCCAGGAACUCAUGCGCAAGGAUAGUGUCAUUGCCGUGGAUCCUCCUGCCAUCAAGCUUCACGACCAGGAGCAUCAGAAUUACGUGUGGAUCUCUGCCGAGGAGGUCAUCAAGAACAGAGUGGCAAUGCCAGGCGAGAUUGCCAUGGAGUUCAUCGGCUCGGACAGCGUGUCGACCAUCUUGGAGGCGUUCCGCUUGAACAAGCACAUCCAGAAGGCAGAGAUCGAAGCACUGCAGGUCCUCGGAAUUGAGAACGGAAAGGCUUGA